UUUGGUUUUGCUUUUGCCUUUUGGAUCAAUAAAACCAAAGCUAAUAAUAUAAUUUAUUCAGAGAAAAUAUAAUGUAACUGAAUUUUAAGAAUAAUAAAUAAUACCUAGGUACCUUACAGUUACACUUCAAUCACAUUAAACCUUAGAUGAAGGAAAUACUGUUCUGUUUAAAUCUAUGUAAAUAAUAUUGUUAUAUUAUAAUAUCAAAAAAACUAUUAAUAAGCUCAUCUACCUCUCUUUUUCUAACUAAAUUUAUAAUUCGCGUUAAAGACAAAACGUUUUAUAAUUACCUACAUCGUUCGUUUACUUAUAAAUAAAGUUAUUUAAAUAAAUAUGGGCACUCUGUCUAUUAAUAUGUGGAAGAAUAUUAAAGGACUUGGCUGUGGUAAUUCUUUAUUCGUGUUAAAUCGGUUCUGUUCAACUGUACCAAAUGAUCCAUCACAGAAUAAUGAUAAAAUGUUGACAAAAGAAAAAGCUCACGCGUUAAUCAUGAAUUUGAAUAUUGAGGAAAGAGAAAACUUAAUAUAUUGCUUGAACCAUCUUGAGUCGGAAGAAACAAAGGCAGAAUAUCGAGGUCAGUUGGCAGGCUUUAGAUGGCGUUCAAAAUUUGGACGACCUAGCAAAGUACCUAAAUUAGGAGAUGUAGAUCCAACUGGUUCUUUCUGUCCACUACCAGAUGAAUGGCUUAAAACAAAAUAUGUGGAAGAAAAUCCUGCUGAAGCCAUACCAAGACCAACUAGAAUGCAAUUAUUCAGAGUGGGAUUACAUAACGCCAUCCCGUUUAUUAUGUUUGGAUUUCUGGACAACUCCGUCAUGCUAAUUUGUGGUGAAUCAAUUGAAAGAACAGUAGGAGCUCUAAUAACAAUUUCUACAAUGGCCGCUGCUGCUAUUGGAAAUACUUUUUCAGACAUACUUGGAAUCGGUUCUUCAUAUUAUGUUGAACAGUUGGUAACCAAACUUGGUUUGAAACCGCCCAGCUUAACACCUAUUCAGUUGGAUAUGAGUUGUAGUAGACACGCCGCUAACUUGGGAAGAACUUUAGGAGUGACAUUAGGUUGCAUUCUAGGAAUGUUUCCUUUACUUUUCAAAAAGGAUGAUGAAUCCAAAGAUGAAAAUUCUGAAGAUAUAACUGAAAAAUAAUAACAACCAAGUCUAAUUUACCUUAUUUAAAUAAAACCUUUAAUCAUUAACUCUUCCAUUUUUUGGAUUUAAGUAUUAUUAAGAAUUAGUGUGUUUUCAAUAUAAUACCACGUUCUCUGUAUUGCUUUUACUAUUUUAAGAUUAAUCAUUAUUUUGUUUUGUUUCUUAUUCAUUAUUGUAUUCUAAAAGAUAGUUAUUAAAUUGUUAUAAAUGCUUAACAUAAUACCAAUUAAUUUUAGUCACAACUUUUUUUACAUUUCGUUAAUACCUUAAUUUUGUUAUUUUAUUUAAAUAAAAGUUUUUUUUCUUCAA